AUGUGCCAAUCCAAGGAUCAUCGUCUGCAGCACUGCGCGGAUUUCAAGAAGUUGCGGUACGAUGAGCGUUUGAAGCUGGUGACGCUCGAGAAGUUAUGCCAUGUCUGCCUCAACGAGCACGACGGGCAGUGCAAAUUGAAAAUCCGCUGCAACAUCGGCGACUGCAGAGAGUUCCACAACUCGCUCAUGCCUCCGGUCGGAAACACGGUCGGGCUGAGUGCACCCAUAAGGACAAACUGCACGGUCUUGUUCCGGAUCGUUCCGGUACAGCUGCACUGCGGAGGCAGAACAGUUUCGGUGUUGGCGUUCCUGGACGAAGGAGCUUCCGUCACGCUGGUGGAAAAAAAGCUCGCCGACCGUCUGGGCGCGGUCGGAGUACAAGAGCGAUUGACCAUCCGGUGGACGGGAAACACGUCGAGAGUGGAGGAUUGCCGAAGAAUGAGUCUGUGGGCUUCGGGAACAGGCGCUGCAGCCGGCGGCAAGAUGCUGUUGCACACAGUGCACACGGUGGACAAACUGAUGCUGCCACAUCAAAGGUUGGAUUCUGAGGAGUUUGCAGCACAGUACGAGCACAUGCGAGGACUGCCCAUUGAAUCGUACGACGGACAGCCGCAGUUGCUGAUUGGGGUAAAUAAUAUCCACGCGUUUGCACCGAUGGAGGCAAAGGUGGGUACGCCAGUGGAACCGAUUGCUGUUCGAACCAAACUAGGAUGGACGGUCUAUGGGCCGCGACAGCAAACCCCAGCGGCGACCGACAACUAUCUCGGUUACCACCGGCAGGUAACAAACGAGGAUCUGCCGCCCGAGAGUCAUUAUGCAUCGAAAGAAUCGGUGGUGACAAUUUCACGGGGCACCGUAGAGAAGAAAUGGGUCCAGCGAAUAAGAGAGCGAACCACCCAAUUCGUCGGCGAUCGCUGCGAAGACGAAUCGCUGUCGAAGACCCGGAGACAAGAAAUUACAACGUGUCGUCAUCCGGACAGCUCCGGAAAAAUCGCCACGAACAUGGCGGUUCUCAUCCCGAACGCAAGAAGACAGGCUGAACAACAAAAUAGGCGGGUUCGAAAUCCGAAACGGGAUGAUCAACUCGCUGGAAGCCUUGCGGAGCCUAGAAGAGGCGAAACCGGCGACACCGACGCAUUUGAUGGCGAAGGAGAGAGUCCUGGGAGCGGUCAGGGAUCCAAGUGGGGAUCGGCGUUUUCGACUCGCUUUUCGACGAGGCACCGCGGCGAGUUGUUGCCGCAAUUGUACGAGGAAAAGUGGCCGUCGAGAAAGCUCGUCGCAAGUGGCGCAAAACCGGAGGAAGUCAAGAACGGUCGGCGAAAGGAGAAGCGUGGGGUGAUGCGCGCGCUCGAUGAGGGGCGCAAGUUGUUGGGCAAGAUCCUACCAACGACACUAGCGGAAACGGCUUGCAAUGGUUCGACGAUUCUUCGUGGUCGACGGGAAAUCCCGGCAGUCUUGCAGAUGAAGCUUCAUCGCUGCGGUCAUCAAGGUCUCAGAAGGACGAGCUCGACAGACAAACGUGAGGACGAAGAUGGUAAGGCGCAGAGACGGGACUUGGUAAAGCUUGCGUCGUUAAGAGGUAAUGUAAAUCCGAAAAUGCCGGAUGUUACGGGCUGGGGUGUUGCGACGCCGCACAUUUUGAACCGGUCUAAAAUAUGAACCCGUCUAACCACAACAUAACUGCAGCAUGACAAUUCUCGCGCGGUAGUAGUGGUAGGUGAAAUAAGAGGUGAAAGUAGAUGAAUGAGGUGCAAGUAGAAUUCGAUAAAAACAACGGAAUUUCGCCAUCGUAAAAGUAGGAAAAGAAAAUCAGUUUAAAGUUAUUAAAGUUAUUUAAAAUUUAUUUCGGUAACCAAAUUACACUAAUUGGUGCUUCCGUAAGUUGUGGGAGUGCGGUGUAAACUGAUAUACAAAGUCCGUAAGUUGAAACCUGUAGAGAAAAAAGGUAAAUUAUUAGUGAAACUUAGCAAAUACUUACCUGGAUUUCUCCCACUAGCUGUGCAAAUACCGGUGCUUGGUACGCCCCGAAACAGGGGAAAAUAACCAGAAAAGCUGCCGUGCCAGUGGAUUAUAUCCAUCCGCGCAACAUACCGAUUAGGGUAACGGCCCCAAUUAUAGUCCAACCAGAGAAUUGAGAAAAGAAGUCGUGGCGAGAAAACCAUUUAAUUGUAUGUUGUUAGUAAUUUUAGUCUGUGUUGUGAAUUGUGUUUAUUGAAUUUGUUAAUAAAUUUCAGUUUAAGCGUUGCUACAAAAAACCUGAGCUGCUAUAAAAAUCUGGUUUCCCUCUCGGGAACACACAUCAUAUCAGAGAUAUUUAGCUAUAUUUAAAUUUGCAAGACCAGUGUUGCCAACUAUUGCAAGAAUUCUAUGUUAUUAAAUCACGUUAAAAAAUU